CCUGCAUGACAAUGGAAGAAACUGCGGCAAAUAAUAAUAAUAAUGGGAGUCAAGAUUUGGAAACAGAGUUUGCAGAGAGAUCAGUGUGGCUAAUGAAAUGCCCUUCUCUCAUUGCUCCUUCUUUCGAACCUCUUCCUUUCGAAGAAGAUCCAUACCUUCCUGUUGCCAAAGUCAUCCUCUCCAUCGAUCCUCUCGCGAUCGUGGACGAAGAAGAAACCAAAGUCGUAAUGGAACUAACUCGAGCUGAAUCUGGAAACGUUCCCAAACGUUUUGGCUUGGAUGUGUCUAAGGAUUUCAUCCCCAUGUCUGCUUUCUCUCAGUCUUCACAAGUGUUUCGGACAAGUCUAUUUGGGGCCAAAGUUAUAAUCUCAACUGAUCAUGAAGUGAAUAUGGAGAUGGCAAAGUCAAGUACCCAGUUAGGCGCCACUGAGAGCUUACGGCGGCUCUUUGGGGAAAACAGCGACUUCCUCCAGAGGAAGGAGAUUGAUAAAUAUGUCCGAAACCUUACUUCUAGAUUUGUCGGCCCAGAGAACUUAAAAACCAAUUUGAUUCAAGACAUGUAUGUUUUGUCUCGCAACUACUUCGAAAUGGAUGACAAAGCAAUAAGCAGUUCUUUUGACAUCAAAGAAGCAGCAACCAAGAUGGUGGUAGACCUAAUCGUGAAGAAAGUGAUUGGUGAAAUGGAAUAUGAGGCUAUCAGAGAACUAGGACUUUGUUGGACUGCUUUCCGAACAAAUUGGUUUAGUUUCUCUUACAGUGUUCCUGGAACGACUGUUUAUCGAUUCGUGAAGGCUCGGAGUAAGGUGACAAAGCUGCUAAAGAGCGUGAUUCAGAAGAAGAAUGCGUCAAAGGAAGGACUGGGAGAUUUCCUGGACAUUUUAUUCGAUGAGAUGAAGAAAGAUGGUGCGGCUUUGGACAUUGAUAGAGCCGUCAAUUUGAUAUUCACCUUUUUCAUACUCUCUCAAGAGACCACUCACGGAAUUUUAGCAGCAACUGUGAAGCUCGUUGCCGACCACCCGGAUGUCAUGGAAGAACUAAAGAGAGAGCACGAUGCCGUGAUUGAAAACCAGGGUGAUAAUCAGGCAGGCCUAACAUGGGAGGAAUACACGUCUAUGACUUUCACUCACAUGGUUAUCAAAGAGACGCUUCGGUUUACUAGUGCACAACCUACGGUACAUAGAAUACCCACUGAAGACGCUCGAGUUGGAGGUUAUACAGUACCAGCUGGAUGGUUUUUUUUUGGUAUUCCUUUAGUUCAUUUCGAUGAAGAAAAGUAUGAGGAUCCACUCAAAUUUAAUCCAUGGAGAUGGAAGGGGAAAGAUUUACACGGUACAUUGUCCAAGGAUUACAUUCCGUUUGGAGCUGGAGCCACACUUUGCGUAGGGUCUGAGUUUGCGAAGUGUAUAAUCGCUGUGUUUCUCCAUCAUUUGUCUAGAUUCAGGUGGUCCUUGGACCCGAAAACUAGAGUGCUUCGAAGGUAUAUGCUUAUGUUUCCGGCUGGUUGCAAAGUCGAGAUUGCAAAGGAGCUAAGUGAUCAGAGUUGAUUUUCUCCUCAUAUAUGUUUGUUUUUCUUCUCAUAUCUGUUACAAGAAGCAGGAUGCCAUAUACCAAUUGACGCUUCCUGUAUAAUAAUUUGGCAUUGUUUGUAUGAUUAUUUAA